CUGGACCUCGGUACUGUCAUCUCGGAAUUCCAGAGGUCCCCCAGCCUGUAUCAGGCAUCGAUUGCUCUGGGUGCACUUGAUCUAAGCAAGAGGCCGCUGCUGGCUAUGCCUCUGGGGAGGAAAGAUACGGCUGUAGGAGCAUUAACGGCCUACCACACCUCAAUCGCCCAAUUGAAAGACGAGAUUGUAAGCAACCGGGGCCCACGAGAUGUCAAUCUAUGGACCACUUUUUUUCUGGGGUUGUUUGAACUCAUGCAGGAUACGACGGGAGAAGGCUGGGUGAAGCAUUUCCUAUACGGCACAUCAAAAAUGCUUCAGCUUCGCGGUCCAGAGGCUCAUAUAGCUGGCCGGGGGCGGUCUUUUUUUCUCACAGUACGGGUCUUCGAGGUUUGUCGCGCUCUCAUAUACUCUGAACCAACUUUUCUCUGUCAGCCGGAAUGGAUGUCACUCAUGGUUAAAAUCGAGAACGAAAAUGACGACAACGAGUGGCACCCAAAGGAACUAUUAUUUGAUCUGAUGAUCAAAUGUUCUUCGAUAAGUCACCGGGUAUGGGGGCUGCUCAAACCGGGCUCCAAAUACCCAAGCAUGCUCCUUCACAACGCCCUCAUUGAGCUCGCUUGUGAAGGUUUUGUUGUCCGGUCGGCUCUUACUGAUUGGUAUGGGAACUUCCAAAAGUGGUCGGCCGACACGGGUACGCCUGAACACGAUUCGCACUCCAUUCUGGCAACAACCUAUUUUCACGCCAUCUCCAUCUACCUGUCUGGCAUCUUCGACUACCGCCCUCAAUUCAACGAAAUACCCUCGCCCACAAUCGUACAGGCUGUUAUUCAGAAUCACGUCGAUGCGAUUCUACGGAUGACUGAGAUGGCGUUGAAGACCACAAAUUUGGCAGCUGUGUUGUUUUUCUUCCCCUUGAGAGUAGCAGGGGCAAGAGUAAAUACAGCUGGAGAGGCAAAGUCAAUCGGUGCAAUGCUUCAAGAGAUUUCGACGAGGGGUUUUGUUGUCGCAGAUGCGUUCAGAGCGGAUCUGAAGUCUCUAUGGCACCGAAAAGGGAUAGAAUAAUCAUAUUCAGAGCGUCUGCUAUUUUAGAUCACCCGGAUGACAGUGCGUGCUGAGAAACAAGGGUAUGCCGAUCUGUUUGACGUAGCGCAUCGGAACAACGCCCUGUCGGGGAAUCACCAGACUCCAUGCUUGGUCUGGCGAUCACAACAACCCU